AUGGAGACCAGCAGAGGCGGAGAUGUCGAGGAGGGGCGGUCGGGAGAGGCUGCGGCGCCGGAAGACUGGACCGGAUGCAAUUCUUCAGAGUCGGGACUCAUUCAACUGAGCAUCGGCGUGUGCGCGAUGCGGGUCAAAACGCAGAGCAAGCCGAUGCGGGCGAUUUUGAGUCGGCUCGAGCGCGCGAAGGAGUUCCACAUUGUCGUUUUCGACGAACAGAUGAUUCUGGAGGAAGAUAUCACAGCCUGGCCUCGCGUGGACUGCUUAAUUGCCUUCUACUCCACGGGGUUUCCGCUGGACAAGGCGCUUGCGUACGCGAAACGCUUUCGCCCCAUUCUCCUCAACGAUCUCGAGCAACAGAAAAUUAUUCGCGACCGCGUGCAGGUGUAUGAACAGCUCAAGAAGCACGGCAUUCCGCAUCCGCCGUACGUCGUGGUAGACUACGAGCGCGUGAGCCGCGGCGAGGCGCACUUCGAGGAGGGCUACGACUACAUCGUCUUCAACAACAAGCGACUGAAUAAGCCGUUCAUCGAGAAACCGCGUGACGCGGACAAUCACGACAACUGGAUCUACUACCCCAAAAACACGGGCGGAGGCUGCAAGAAACUCUACAGAAAGCAACAAAACAGCAGCAGCUCCUACUGUCCCGACGUUCACCAUGUGCGGAAGGACGGGACGUACAUCUACGAGGAGUUCCUCUCAACUUUCGGCACGGAUGUCAAGGUCUACACAGUGGGGCCACUCUUCGCGCAUGCAGAGGCGCGGAAAAGCCCUAGUGUCGACGGCGUGGUGUGUCGCUCGCCAGACGGCAAGGAAGUUCGCUAUCCAGUGAUACUCACGGAGCAAGAAAAAUGGAUUGCGUACCGCCUCGUGCGCGCGUUCCAACAGAUCAUAUGCGGAUUUGACAUCCUGCGCACCUCCAGCGGCCCGUUCGUGUGCGACGUUAACGGGUUUUCGUUUGUAAAGGGCAACGUGAAGUACUACGAAGACUGCGCGAAUAUUCUUCGACUUUUUUUCAUCAAGAAAAGCAUCGAGCGCUGGAGCGCCUUCGGCCUCCCCCCGCACGUCUCCGCGCUGCCGGCCCUCGAGAGCGCCGCGGCGCCAGCGACGGCCUCGCCUUCGCUUCUGCUGCACUCCGCGGCGUCGGGCGCCUCGCCGCCGCUAGACGCCGUUCUGCAGCAGCUCCUCCGCGCGCGGAACACGUACCGCGUGCUGAGGCAGACGACGCGCGAAGAGGAGAAGAAACGCGAGAGCGAGCGCGGGAAGGUGGCUGCCGCCACGCCCGCAGGGAAGCCUGCAGAGGCGGCGGCGCUCGCUGCGUCGGCUGGUCUUUCCGAGGGCGCCUCUGCAUCCACGCCGGCGGACGCGCGCGUCCCCGGUGGGGCGGAGGCUGCAGCUGACUCUGCGGCGGCGGCGCUGCAGGGCGACAGAGAGAGGCGGGAAGGAGGCGGAGGCGAGGCGUCGCUGCCGCCUGCGCCGGCGCGCGCGCCGCUCACGGCCGCUCAGCCUGCGGCCUCGCCGGUGUCAGGCGCGCGCAGCCCGGCGGCUGGCGCGUCGGUGUCUGGAGCGGCUAGCGACCGCAGGCGAGGCGGCGGCGCGGUAGGUGGAGGCGGAGGCGAGGGGGAGACGCUGGAGGCCUGCGAGCCGAGUCAGGACGGCUGCGUGUCGCCUUCGAUGGCGUCGUCCUUCGCGUUGCACGCGUCGCUGCUGGAGCGCGGCGGCGCCCAGACGCGCGCGGCGAGCAUCAGCCGCUACACGACGGCUGGCGAGUCCAGCGGCGACGAAGACGAGGAGCUGCGGACAGUCGUAGUUGUCAUGCGCCACGGAGACCGCAAGCCGAAACAGAAACUCAAGUUUCAGACCGCCCAAGACCUGAUUCUCGACCUCUUCGAAGACGAAAGGAAUCCACGAAAAGAAAUCAAGCUCAAGAGUCCCGAGGAACUCAGAGACCUCCUUGACCGCAACACCGAGAUCAUCACCUCCCUAGGGCAGGCUCUCUUCGCGGAGAAGAAGAGUCUCGAAGACGAGCAGGCGGCGCUCAAGCCCCCCUCCCUGCUCGAGUCGCCCUUGCCAGGCGCGGCCGCUUCCCCAGCUGGGGAAGCGGCCGCGCCUGCUUCGCAGCAGGACGCUUCUUCUCCUCCUGCCGAGGCGCAGACGAAGGAGGCCGAGGCGACGGAGGCAGAGAGGGCGCGCGAGCGCCAGCGACUGGAGACGGCAGUGGAGCAGCGGCAGAGCGCGAUUGCGAAGCUGCAGAAGGAACUGUCCGUGCACAAGCUGCUGCAGAAAGUGCUUCUGCAGGGAGAUGGUUUCGCCGGAAUCAAUCGAAAGAUUCAACUGAAGCCCGUCGCAUGGGAGGAGCGCGUCUCCGCCUCGCCGCGCGCGGCCGCAGCCGCCGGUGACAGCCGCCGCGGCUCGCGCGGGGAAGAGUCUCCGCCGCAGGCGUCGAGGAGCGUCAGCGCGGCGGAGGUCACGCAGCUGCGCAGCAACACUGCCUCCUCGCUACCCGACUCGCUCUUUUCUUCUUCCUCCUCGUCGCCGCCGUCGCCGCCGCCGCCGGCCGCGGCUGCCGGCGGGGCGGUUGGGCGCGUGACGCGCUGCCUUGUCGUCGCCAAGUGGGGUGGCGAACUGACCGGCAUCGGCAGGAAGCAGGCGGAGGACUUGGGGAAGAAAUUUCGAUACAAACUCUACCCAGGCGACAGCGCAGGACUUCUUCGCCUGCACUCCACCUUCCGCCACGACUUUAAGAUCUACACGAGCGACGAGGGAAGAUGCCAAGUGACUUCCGCUGCCUUCACGAAGGGCUUUCUUGACCUCGAGGGCGAACUUACUCCGAUUCUCGUCGCGCUGGUCAUUCGAAACAACAAGGCGCAUGCGUUGCUCGACGACACCAUUCAGCUGCCGGAGAGAAAAGAGUGCAAAGAAGUCCUUGAUGAGCUGCUCAACUUGAACAUUUCCUUUCGCGACGCAACGGACGACCAACUCGCCCUCGUGGACGCGCUUUUCCGCUAUCCACUCCAGCCUGUCCAACUCGCUUGCCUCAAGGAAGUAGACAACCCCUGGCAAGCGAUGCACGAUGCCUACCAGGGGAUUCAGAGUUUCGUGGCUGCGGUGGAAGUCCCCACGACGCCGGAAGGCGCCUCGAGCCGAACUGCCGCUAGCGAGAAGAAGGGGGAGGCCUCUUCGUCCUCUUCUUCCUCUGCCCCCUCGCCUCCGGCGUCGUCGGCCGCGGGUUCGGGCGGAGGCAAGGAGAAGCUACUCGAACAUCCCUACGCGCAGAAAAUCGCCAACAUCAAACAGCGAUGGACCACGCUGCUCAAAGAUUGGUUCGACCCGCGGACUGGUCUGUUUGACACAUCAAAGAUCGCGGACGUGAUGGACAUGCUUCGCUACGAGUUGAUCCAUCACCGGCACUUGACGCCGCGCGCGCUCGCGCUGGCGGUUGAGACGCAUAACAAGAUGCUGCCGAUUCACACGUUUUCAGGGCCUGCGGAGAGCGGCAUCACAGCUAAGCAGAAGCUGCGCAUCGGCGCACAAAUCGUCGGCAAACUGGUCAAAAAAAUCGUUCGGGACCUCACCUUCUUCCGAAGCGACGGCCGCCCGCGCCUGCCGCUGGAGAGCACGACUUCCUGGUCCGCCUUCACCGACUGGGGUCGCAGCAUGACAGCCGCUGCAGCUGCGGCGCGAUUCGCUCCGCCCCCGGAGACUUCGCCCGCGCCCUCGCCCCUGCCGGCGCCGCCGGCUGCCGCGGCCGCGCCGGCGACCGCCGUCGCCUCCACGAGCGUCUUGCCUCCGUCUGCCGCCGAGGCCUUCGCCUCCGCGCAGAUUGCGCAGCCGCAUGCAGCCUCUCUCGUCUCCGCGGCGGCAGCAUCGUCGCCACCCCCGGCACCUCCCGCGUCCGCCGCGCUGCCGCAUGCGCCUUCGCCGGCCGCCGCGCCGACUGGAGGGGGCGGGGAGACUGUCUCCUUUUUGGGGCUCGGCUCGGGCCCGGCGGUCGCCGCCUCGUCCCCGCCUUCUUCGUUCACGAUGUCGCCGCUGUCGGUCGGCGGCGAGGGCGCGGCGGCGGCGCAGGGCGGCGUGGACAAAACGCGCUGCGUCUCCUCCGCCACGCCAAGCCAUGGCCUCUCUUCGUUCUCCUCCUCGUCGGUCUCGCCUCGCGACGGCGACCGAGACCGAGCCCCGCGGACGCGGGCGAACUCCGCCACUCCCUCCGGCUUCUCUGCGGCGCUCGCCCCCUCGGACUCAGAGCCCCGGCCCCAGCACAGACCUUCAUCUCUCUGCGCCGGUCUCAUGCCUGGCGCGGCGUCCGCGCCACAGCGCGUGCUCUCCGUGGCCUUCGAGCGCCUCCGCGACCGCAUGCUGACUGCACCCGCCGCGCCGGCGUCGCCUCGCGACGCCGGCUCGCUGGUGCUGUCGUCGGCGGCGUCCUCGCCUCCGCGGGCUCGCCCCGAGUCGCCGGCCUCGCCGGCGGGCGAGCCGCGACUUGGUCUUUGCGGCGACGGACUCGUGACGGCCGCCGACUACGCGUACCCGCCUAAGGAGGGCCUCGCGAUGUCUAUUGCGGAGCCCGAGCCGCGCGCCGUGGGGACGGCGUCGCCCGCCGCGUCGGACUAUUUGGAGGCUUUGCCGCGGGCGAAUUCGCUCGCCUGCGGCGACGCGCCGCACUCCCACCUGGCGCUGCAGAAUCUAGGCGACAACGAGCGCUUCCUCCAGUCGCUCUCCCUUGCGAAAAGCGACCUCUUUUUGAAGGACGAGGGGGGCGCGCGAGCCUCGAAAGACGUUCCCGACGCUGUGGCGGCGGCCGCGGACGCCGCCGCGGAGGCGGCGCCCACAGCCAGUGCGCCCUUCCGCGAGCUCGUUCAAGCGAUGUGCGAAGAUGACGAAGACGCGGCGUCGCCUCGUGCGUCAACGGAAGAAAGCUGCCUGCCGGCGGCCCUAUGGGGUCGGUCGGCGUCCUCGACGGACGCCUUUUCGGUGGGCGCCUCCGCAGGCUGCGCGCGAGCAGCGCCCUCGCCGCUGAGCGCAGACGCGCCGUUGGCUGCGGGCUCGGCGUUGCACCUCUUCAGUCUUUCGUACUCCUCGCCGUCGUCGCCCGUCUCUUCGUCGCACCAGCCGAGCAAGCUCGCGGGGGGCGGAGACGCCUCCGCCUCUUCGGCGGCUUCUUCGGGGGCCUCGUCGGCCGCACUCGUGCCGCCGGCAAGCACCUUGGUGCUGCACAGUCGCAUGCCGCGCAGCGCGAGCAGCGCCUGCUUUUCGUUUUCGAAUUCCGCAGGGCGGCCGACGCAGAAGGGAACCAGCAGCGUGCGGGGAAGCAGCACGGGCAGCGGCGCCUCGCGGCUCGGCGGGUCCGCGGCCGCGACACGCGGGCGAAACCUGCAGAAGGGCAACGUGUUGGCGUCCUCGAGUAUAAGCCGAGCGAGCAGCACGCGGCCGUCGGCGUCCUCGGGCUCGCACGGCUCAGCGCUGAAGAAGCCGCGGGGCGAGGAAGGCGCGGCGGGCGGCGAGAGGCUUGACGAGACGCGGAAGUGCAGCUGCGGCUGGAGCAGCGACGCAGGCAAGGUCGCCGGUUUGCCGCUGACUGAAAAGGCCCACUCCCUCGGCUCCUUCAAGAGCUCCGAGCGCGGCACCCCGAUCGGCAGCAAAGGUGCGGCGCUGACCGGCGGCGGCGGCGACGACGGAGAGAAGCGAGGUCGGCUGAGUCUCGCGCGGUCUUGUCUCUGCGCAGAGGGCGAACGCGGGAUCGGCGGCGUCGGCGGACUCGCGGAGAAGGUGGUUAUAAACUCAGACGAGCUCUGGGCGCACCAGAAAAAGACGAAAAAGUCCGACAAGCGAGAGGCGAACGCGCCCAGCGCCCUCGGCCCCCGCAGGGGCUCGGACUUGCACAGCGUCGCAGACACCGAGGCCGGCGGAGACGCGCCGCGGAAGGCCGGCCGCGGCGGCGUCUCCGGGGCGACCAUGAGCUCGUCCCGAGGCAAAGAGCGCGAGGAGAGAGAGGGCGACGGCGAAAAGCGUGAGGGCAGGAGGAAGGACGAAGAGCAGGGGCGAUGCGAAAGCAAGUCUGCGCUGGGCGGCGACGGGCAGACUAAAGACGCAAAGGGAGGCGACCAUCCCGGGCGGGCGGCAAAGGAGGGAGAGAGCGGCGCCGCCGUCGACACAAAGCUGGAGAAACGUGGGAGCUCGGCGACAGAAAGAAGCAAGGCGGGCGAAGACGGCGCUGCGAAGGAGAGGACGGGCGUAGACAAGCCCGGCGAAGAGGGGGACGAGUCGAAGGUAGCGCAGAGAAGAAAGAGCGGCGGACGAGGAGGCGAGGGCGAGGGAGACGAAAACGGGAACGCAGAAGCGAACAAUGCACAAGGAGACAAACAUCGAGAAGAAGAUGACGACGAUGAUCACGAAGACCACGAGGACGACGACCCCCAUGAGCACGAAGUCACUGCGCAGAUCCGUUUGAAGGAGGAGGAGGCGCGUAUGUUUGGCAUUCGUUCGCCGUGGCGGAUUGUGCGGAGUCGGUACUACGUGACGAGUGCGAGCCACGUGCAGGCUCUGCUGAACAUCCUCCUCUUCAGCUACGACGUGAUUUGCGUGGACGGCGUCUGCGCGUCGUGCGCGCGCGGAGGCGCCGACGACGAGGACAAGAGGCACGGGAAAGCGUCGCAGGAGCGCGAGAAGAAACGCGAAGCGAGCGAAGACUCCAAACGCGAGACGAGGCGGGGGCUGCCUGCGGCGAAGCGCGCCGAUACGUCGUCGGGCGAAACGAAAGCAGCAGACGCAUCGGCGCACGCAACCGACGGGGCUGAGGCGGCCGAGAAAGCCGACGCGGACGCCGAAAAAAGCGACAACGCGAGUGAACGUGCGCAGAAGGCCGCCGAGUCGCAGAAGAGGCCUUGCUGCGCGGCGUGCGCGGAGCCUCUCUUGGAUCCAGGCACGAAUAACGAACUGGUGGGCACCUGCGACUUGCACUACCUCUCGCACAUUGUCUUCCGCGUGUGGGAGCGGAAGCGGCACCGGCGUGUGCCUCGCGCGAGUCCGUCGCCGCUGUCUUCCUCCUACUCGCCGUCAGCCUCGGCGUUCCCGUCUUCACCGCUGAGUCUGUCGGGCGCGUCUCCGCAGGCGGGUGCACAGCCGCCAGCCCGCGAAGACCGCAACGAUGAGGACUCGCUCUUCGCGCGGAGCCCGUCCUCCUCGGUUUCGUCGACGGUCGCGGACUCACCCGCGGCGUCUCCAUAUCGGCUCGAGAUCAGCUUUAGCACCGGCGCCAAAGACGGCUUUGGCCGCACCUUCCAGCUCAUCGAGCGAGACGCCCGUAACCAUCAACUCUUCGCCCGCGUCAGAAGCAUGAGCAUGGGCGGUGGCGCGGCGCGCGAGAAGGAGCGCAGCGACGAGGCGGCCUCUGCGGGUCCUGCGGAGACAGCCGGCGGCGCAGACGGCCUGGCGAGCGCGGCACAGGAGGGCGAGCGAUAUCCGAGCGCACAGGGACUCCAGAAGGAGGACGGCGAGACACCUGCGCUGAACGGCGCGGGCGAGCCCGAGAGCGGCGCCCACCUGCCUCAUGCGGCGUCAAGCAAUCCGGCUAGUGGCUCGGUCAAGAAGCUUACCUUUUCUGCCUCGUCAGGGUCGGCGGUCAAGGCGCUCCUGAAGCGCGGAUUGCACGCCGAAGAGGACGAGGACUUCCCCGAGGUCCACGAAACGCCCUUCUACUCCGCCAAGGCUCCUCUCGGCGCAGGAGAGUCUCCCACCACCGCAGGCGCCUCCGUCGCCCCGCCGUCAGCGAGCGCAGCCUCGGCGGCGUGCCAGUGCGCGUGCUGUACUGAGAAGCGCCUUCGCGCCGUGCCGCCGAGCGACCGCGGCGACGCCUCCACCCCGUGUGCGUCUCCUCCAGAGCCGCCGCGGGCUUGCCGCGGGUGCGCGUGCUGUUCGCCGGCGCCCGCCACUGCGGAGACAGCGGGCGCGCUUGAGAGGGGCGCCCAAGAGACAGAAGCCGGGGGGGGGGCGAAGGUGGGCUGCCCUGGGGCUGCUGGGGGGAUGCCGGAGCCCGACGAGCCCGGCGGAGGCGAGGGGGCAGAGCUGCGCGAGGGGGCGGGACGCGAAGAGAAGGCAGCCGAGCGGAAAGACAUCAGCGAAGGAGGCGCGGCGCUCGCCUCGCGCGGCUGCCAGGGCGCCAAGGCCGCGGAGACAGCUGUGCCGCCCUACUGCGAACUGGCGCCGCUCGUCACGCUGGCGCAGAGCUGCGACUUGGAGCGAUUCGAGGCUCUCAUGAACCGAGUGUUGGCGCUUUAUGGCUCGCGCACGCCGACGAAAUUGGGGAAAGACCGCAGUCAGAAUUCAAUCGGCGCGUCCUCAACCGCUUCGUCGUCCUCGGCGUGUGCGUCGUCGUCUUCGCUGCCGUCUUCUUCUCCGUCUUCCGGCGUCGCAGGCGCUUCUGCGAAAGCGUCUGGCUCCUCGGCCUCAAUCCCUGCGUCCCUCUCGCCCGUGACGCCUGGGCAGUCGCCGUCCUAA